CGUGUAGGUCACGGAAAAUAGCCAUUGAAUUUACAGCUUUGAACGGAGUUUUUUGAUGGAGUCAGGCGGUCAAACAUUGAAUGCCUUAAAUACGGCAUUAGCUUUUGGCAUGUCCUUUCCCCUUCCCCUUCCUCUACCUAAUCGCGCGUCAGAGGUCCACUAUGUUCACUUUUCACUCUGCAUAUCGCGGCAUAUAUAUUGCAGGCACAUUGCUCGCUGCAGUGUCAGUGUUUCCUGCCGAUGCGAUACCAGCGACAAGGACGGUUACGCUGUUUGAAGCCCAAUUUCCCUCAAACAGUUUGUCAAAUGAUAUACCCACACCACCAUCCACACCUACUUUGGUACAUUCGUUCAGUGUAUUAGGGACGACGACGAGGAAUGGAAAUACCAUGACUGUAUACGGCGAAGAUAUCAUUAACAGUGAAUAUGUCGAAGGGCAUGCCGUCACGACUGUCGACGGAAGUACUUUGUAUACAUGGACAACGGGGACACUCUCGACUACCGACACAGCGCAUGAAAUAUAUGGAGUGGGAACAACCGCUGUCGGAUUCACCUUCAACAACGACUCUGCUGUUGGAGUUGAACCAUUGAUUCAGAUUGAGUGUAACUUUGAUUCUGGUGCCAGUUCCGGGACCGGAGUAUGUACCGAGGUGGUUCAGUUUUCUGGACAAUCAACGGCUCAGACUACAGCCUGGACUGGAUCAAUCAUUCCUGUUUCGACUUUUGAAGUAUCUGUUUCGGCCACGGCAACUGGUAGUGCCACGAACGCUGCAGGAUCUGUGAAGGGAGGCCAUUUGUCCACUUUAUUUGCGGGUACUUGUGUUGUUGUCGUCCUUGCAGGUGUUAUCUAGGAGAAGUGGUAGAUAAUACCGUGGUCACAAGCGUAGAAAAGCUAGCCUAAGGAGAUGAUUACCCGAAUCACUUUUGCAUCGACUUGAACCAGUGAUCUUUGCGGCUUGCCAUGAUCUUAUAUUUCCUUCUGUGUACGAGAGAGUGUGUGUGUGAUUUAACCGCCGCAGGCCACUAUUUCAUCGCCGCCUCCCAGCACAUGGUGAUUCUCCUUCGACGAGUAUG